UUUUGAACGUUUUUCGAAUUUGUAAAAUUACUCUACAUCGAUCAAAUGUAAUUUUACACGUGUAGAUUUUAGCCAGAUGGCGCCACAAAAUCGAAUACAGUGAAGGCGUUAGCCCGUCAUAUGAAAGUCACCUGGCAACCCUAACUGAGCAAGCUGUUUGUAAGAGAUCGGAGACGGUGACUCAACGUUCCCUUUUAUAGAUUUUGCUACAAAGAACUCCCAUUCUUUUAGAAAUUAAAGGAAUUUUUAAAGAAUAAUUAAUAAGGAGCUAAGCUGCGCGGACGGCAAACAGUCACACUGCGCGAACGACUUCGAUAAACGAUAGCCGCAAUCGCAAUCGAAAACUGUCGGAUAAUAGGCAACAAAAACAAUUCGGUGAACAGCUGCGUUUUCUCCUCUGCCAAAUUGUUUUCCGUCGGAAAAAUCAAGGGGGCUUUGAAAAUUGUGGACUUGUUCGCCGGGCGUCUCUAGAUCGUGACUAGAUCGGAAGCCAAGUGUUUUCCCUUGAGUGGGGUGACGAUCAAGGGCGAAAUGCGGCCGAUUUAAAGUGAAAUUAGCCGAUUGCCGCACGACGACGUCACCGCCAGUCACAAGUACAAUUAAGAGGAGCACACACACACACACAGGCACAGACGACAAUCACAUACCCACACACAGGCACGCAAACGCCCAGGUGCGCACAGACCUCAUUGAGAUUGUUGUAAAUUAUGAAAGCGAUUUAUCAACUGGAACUGGAAAUCGGAAAGGCAGCAACAAGCUAGGAAGGAAGAGGAAGGAAAAACCACGGCAACAACAAAAGCACUGAGCACCCUCUUGAUCGGCGGAUACACAAAGAGAGAGAGCGGCGGAGAGAGAGAGUGCAAAAAACUAUUUAUUUUCGCUGGAUAUCGCUUCUCUCUAUCGGCGAGUGACCUUUGGCGGCAGCGCAGUGUUUUCCCUCUAGCAUUUCUGUGGAGCAGAAAUCGCCGAAAGAUGGACACCGUUGUUGAGCUAGAGCUGGAGCCCGUUGGCAAGCAACAGGACCUGCCAAAGGACAUACCCGAGGAGCCCCUCCAGUCCCAGGCGGAGAAGCCCUUGCAGUUGGAGAGAAAGAGCCUGCUGACGCCGGCGAAAACAGUGGUUGAUGCGCCCACCACAACCUUUACGCUAAGAACCCCGUCGGGAAAUUCCAUUCAGGAUCUGGAGAACACGCCCCUUACUCCCAAGACGCCCCCGGUACAGCCCGGUACAUCCAGACAGCUUUUCACAGAGGCCGCUCAGGCGCAUGGCGGUCGCGAGAGCACGGCGCUGCUCCAGCAAGAGCUCAACCACAUAGCCGCCAGCCAGACGCCCGCCUCGCGGCUGAGAAGUGCCAGCUCCACCCUGGACGCGAGUGUGUCUCGGAAUCCCUCCACCACGGGUGGCAAGCACGAGAAGAAGCUCGGUCAUCGGCGCGUGGCAGAGGGUGGCGAGGUGACCUACAAGAAGAUCCAGUCCAAGCAGAUCAUGGGAUCCAUUCAGCUGGGCAUUCAGCACACGGUCGGAAGCCUGGCCAGCAAGCCAAAGAGGGACCUGUUGAUGAACGACUUCUGGGAGAUGGAAACUAUAGCGUUUCCCCCAGACGGUUCAUCGAUCACGCCAGCCCACCACUACAACGACUUUCGUUUCAAGGUCUACGCCCCCAUUGCUUUCCGGUACUUCCGCGAUCUGUUUGGAAUCGCGCCCGACGACUUCCUCAUGUCCAUGUGCGCCUCUCCGCUGAGGGAGUUGUCGAAUCCGGGAGCUUCCGGAUCCAUAUUCUACCUGACCGAUGACGACGAGUUCAUCAUCAAAACUGUGCAGAAAAAGGAGUGUCAGUUCCUGCAGAAACUUCUGCCAGGCUACUACAUGAAUCUGUCGCAGAACCCACGUACCUUGUUGCCAAAAUUCUUUGGCCUUUAUUGUUUUCAUUACAACUCGAAGAACGUGCGCCUGGUGGCGAUGAACAAUCUGCUGCCCUCCGACAUCAAGAUGCACGCCAAAUACGACCUGAAGGGGUCCACGUUCGGUCGCCGGGCAUCGAAGGCCGAACGGCAGAAGGCGAGUCCCACGUAUAAGGACCUUGAUUUCGCGGAGCAUUACAAGGAUGGUAUCUUUCUAGAGCCGGACAAGUACGAUGCGCUGAUGCGCACCAUCCAGCGGGACUGCAUGGUGCUGGAGAGCUUCCAGAUAAUGGACUACUCGCUGCUGUUGGGCAUCCACAACCUCGACUUGGCGGCCAAGGAGAAGCGCGAGGAGCGCAUUUUGAGCGCGCGGGCCAAGUUCCAGCGCAAGGAGAGCGCUGCGCAGGGUCCUUCCUCACUGAACCAUGACGACGACGCCCCCGAGGCAGACCAGAAUCAGCUGCAUGCGGUGGCCUCGUAUGCCUCCAUUCCAGGAACUUCGGGAGCAGCUGGUGGCACCGGCCUGAGCCGCUCGCGCAGCAUCAACCGUCAGCGAUUGGUGGCCCAUUCGACGGCCCUGGAGUCUAUCACGGCCGAUAUGGAUGUUCCGCUCGAGGAGGACGAGGAUGUGCCGGCCGGCGGCAUCCGGGCCCGCUGUUUGAACAACCAGCGAUUGAUUCUGUACAUCGGUAUCAUUGAUAUUUUGCAGUCGUACCGCCUGGAGAAGAAACUGGAGCACACAUUCAAGAGCAUCCUGUACAAGGGGGACACCGUCUCCGUGUGUCGGCCCUCGUUCUAUGCGAAGCGCUUCCAGGAAUCCAUGGCGAAUGUGUUCAAGAAGGCGCCCACAUUUAGUCUGAAACAUUCCCCUUCGAAGCGAAAGACCUCGACCACUCUGCUGCGCUCCCCAGCCCCGAUCUUUACACCGCAGAGCACGCCGAUGGGCUUGCGGCAGCCGGUUCUGGCCAUGCCCUCCGGAAUGUCAACACCGCCGCCUCCCUUCGAGGACAUCUCCGAGGAGGACAUAACCGCGACACUAACCAACACGUUGCCGGGCAAUAGCCCAACGAACCACCAACCCGAGAGUCCGACAGUCCGGGCAGGUGUGAGCCAUGGCACGGGUGGCAGUGGGGAGCCCAGCAGCAACUACCACUCCCAGAAUUCGUACGACAGCUCCGGGCAGACCGGAAGUGGUCGAACGAGCGACUACAGUGACGACGACGACUCCACAGACACUGGCGUGAGUGGAUCGCGGUCGCCGCUGCAUCGCGGCCGUCGCCUAACCAAGACCAGUGUCCAGGUCACGUCGGUGGGCUAUGUGGAGGACGUGGAGGAGCCGCCAGCGGGGCAAGUGGGGGCGGAGAAGACGCACGCCGAUGUCAACGGCAUGGCCAAGAUAGUGACGAGUACCAAGACGGCCAUUAUCGAGGCGCAAAAGUACACAUCGACGCUCGUAGUGAACGACUUGCCGCACUGAUCGGGGCGGCCAGGGGACUCCAGUGAAAAGGGUGAAGGGGGCGGGAGGACGAUAUUUAUGGCUCAUCUGUGGUUGUAUGUGUGUUUGCAAGGUGUAAGCGCCACUCCAAACAAAAAUACUGUAUUUUGGCGGCAGCGCAACGCUCGUUUAUCUUGAUUAAACACAAAAACCAAAAACGAAUACGUAUUCGAUAUUAAAAUUUAUGUGGCGCCUGUGCUAAUUGACUGCCACCACCCACCAACCUACUCCCUAUGUCUCGUUUUGCGAGGAGGUCCUUCCUGCCCAUUAAAAUUCAUAAUUUCACUUCUUUAUACCAUUCUGUAUUUUGUGUUCUUCGAAUGUGGCCUUUACUGAAGAUGGUUUUUUUUAGUUUUUUUUGAAAAUUGUUGUGCACGAACCCCAAAAUACUUAAACGAAAUUGAACUAGGAAAAUUAAAGUCUAUGAUAUAUUACGAUUUGUGUAUGUUGCUGUAUUAUAAAGUGCGUUUACAUAAUCUAAGAUGCUCAUCAUGUAUAUAACGAGAAUAAACAUACGUAUAUAAAUAUUUUACUCCCUCGA